AUGUCGAUCUCGGUCGAGGUGCACCUGCUAAGUGGGAAGGCGGUAUCCUUGGAAGCAGAAGCAAAUGAGACUGUGCAGGAAGUGAGCCAACGUGCCCAAGACGCCUUGGGAGUUGGCAAAGGCAGGCUUCUGACUUCCUCCGGGGAGGCAUUGGAUGGCGCUGCAACCGUGGAAAGGGCCAGUCUGAAAGACCGUGAUGUGCUGACCCUGCAAGUAGGGCAGACCGAAGUUGCAGUUUCCAGGAAGCGUAAUGUAACUAGUAUACUUAGUGAAGAUGAGGCUGCUUGUGCUGUAGUCCUGGGAGAUGGUUGUGUGGCGACCUGGGGCAUCGCUCAUGUUGGUGGUGACAGCCAUGUGGUGCAGGAUCUGUUGCAGAAUGUUCUGCACAUCCAGGCUUCUCGUGUAGCCUUCGCCGCCAUCCGGGCUGACGGAUCGGUGGUGGCCUGGGGCAGUCCUGAGCAUGGCGGUGACAGCAGUGCAGUACAUGAACAGCUGCAACACGUGAAGCACAUCCAAGCUUCUGAUGGAGCCUUUGCUGCGAUCCGGGAUGAUGCAUCGGUGGUGACCUGGGGCGAUGCCAUUUUCGGUGGCGACAGCUUCGACGUACAGGACCAGCUGCAUAAUGUGCAGUGCAUCCAAGCUUCGUCUGCAGCCUUUGCUGCCAUCCGGGGUGAUGGGUCAGUGGUGACGUGGGGUCAUUCUCUUCUCGGUGGUGACAGCAGUGCCGUGCGGAAUCGGUUGCAGAACGUUCGUCACAUCCAAGCUUCUGCUGCAGCUUUUGCUGGGAUCCGUGCUGAUGGAUCGGUGGUGACAUGGGGCAGUGCGGAUUCUGGUGGUGACAGCAGUGCCGUGCACGAACAGCUGGAAAAUGUCAAACACAUCCAAGCUUCUGAUGAAGCCUUUGCUGCGGUCACGACUGAUGGAUCGGUGGUGACCUGGGGAGAUGUUGAUUUUGGUGGCGACAGCAGUGCCGUGCACGACCAGCUACACAACGUGCAGUGCAUCCAAGCUACGGCUGGAGCCUUUGCUGCGAUCCGAGAUGAUGGAUCUGUGGUGACGUGGGGAGAUCCUGCUUUUGGUGGCGACUGCAGUGCGGCGCAGGAUCGUCUACAACACGUGCAGCGUAUCCAAGCUUCUUCUGCAGCUUUUGCUGCGAUCCUGGCUGAUGGAUCGGUGGUGACCUGGGGCAACGCUGGGUCUGGUGGCGAGACUUGUGCCAUGCGGGAUAAGCUGCAAAAUGUUCUGCACAUCCAAGCUUCGUUUGAAACCUUUGCUGCCAUACUGACUGAUGGAUCGGUGGUAACUUGGGGCAAUACUACGAAAGGCGGCAACAGUUCGGCAGCGCAGUCUCAGCUGCAACAUGUGCAGCACAUCCAAGCUUCCGCCGGAGCCUUUGCUGCCAUCCUGGCUGAUGGAUCGGUGGCGACUUGGGGCAGUGUCUAUUUUGGGGGUGACAGCAGCACAGCACAACACCUGCUGAAUAACUGCAAGGCAUGCCACGCGUAG